AUGGAUGAGCACCAAGGGCUCGGCCGAGGCUCAUACAUAUGGGGCAGGAGUGUCCACAAUACUCGCAUUGAGCGCCUCUGGUACGACCUCACCCGAGGUGUUGGCCAAAAAUGGAAGAACUUCUUCCUGCAGCUUGAGCACAACGCUGGACUCCACGUGUCCCGCACUGCACAUAUUUGGCUUGUCCAUCACCUCUUUCUCAAUUCUAUCAAUGCAGACGUCCAGGACUGGGCAGCAUCAUGGAACAGCCACGGCCUCCAUGUCCGCGGUGUUGCUGACCAUUCUCGCAGUCCACGAGACCGAUUCAUCUUUGGUAUGAUUGAGAAUGGGGCUCGUGGCGUCGGAAAUGCAGUAGUUCAACGGCAACAAGAACCAGCGCAUGAGGUCGUUGACGAUCCUGAAGCAUACGGUAUUGACUGGGAGGUGCAGGACGACCCGGGACUCAUGGCCCAUCAUCUGGCCAAUAACCCUGACGAGUGGGAAGCAGGAAAUCCAUUCGCUCCGGGCUCUGUGCAACCAAACGAGUUGUCCGUCGUUGAAUGCGAGUCACCAAAUUGCCCCUUCUCUCCAGCAGAAGUAGUAUUCUUGGAUACACAGCUAGCACUUCGUGUUGACCGUACGUCUCGCGAAAUGACUGUCCGCCGCUUGAUUUGGGUAGAAGCACUUAGGAUAUGCCAACAAUUGUAUAGUGAACCCCUUGUAGAGUGA